AUGAACGUUGAAGUAUUAGGAUCGUCUCAACGUGGUGAAGGCGUCCACGCACUUGGAGGAGCUCCGCCAUCUGAGCCAACAACGACAACACAGUCUGCUCCCAUUGCUUUGACAUUAGACAGCCCAGUUGAAAGACAAAUACCCAUACAGGAUUCUGCGCCGAACCAACCAGAGACCGCACCUACGGCAGCUAUUGAGGAUGAGCCGCCCGCGGUAGCCGUGCCCAUUGUGCCACUAUCUGCAACACCGCCGCCCUAUGGACAAACCGAAGAGCAGAAUCGUAAGCUCUUUGUGACAUAUCGGAGUCGGUUACGGCGGACGUACAUGUUUCCUGUGCUGACUUGGGUGCCAUCGUUUGGACUUAUCUUGUACUACGCCAUCGUUGCCAACAGUCAAAACCUCUACACCUGGCUCGCAGUCGGACUAUGGGUCGUCCUACUGUUUUGCACGUACAUUGCCUAUCGUUCAAAGUUUCAUCGGCUCAAAGAAGUUUCUCAGCUCGGGCUACUUGCCUCGCUUCCAGAAGAGGAACUCAAUGACAUUGUCAUGAAUGGCGCAAACGUCCGACCUCCACCCCAGUAUGAUGAUAUGUUGAUGAGAUAUGAUGAACCAUUGCCCGCCUAUCCGAAUUCCUCAACACGAGCGGGGAGUGUGAGGAGUCUACGGAGCGUCAGAAGCACUAGAAGUAUGCUGACGAUCAGGAGUAUGACGAGAUGGUGGGCUGCUCCACGUACGGGGCGGCAGAUUGUGGAGAUGGACGAGAUUAGGGUCGAUGACAUUGUGUCAGAGCGCGAGCGACAAGGCAACCUACCGGGAUCGGUGCAGGAAGAUAACUCGCCAGCAGCAGCGGGAUCCUCGAUCUCUCCACAAUCGCAUGAUGUCAUAAAUGACAGUGUGAAUCCUACCGUCUGUAGCGUACAGCCCAAUGAACACGGAUCGUCCAGUCAGAUGAAUGAUAGAACAGUAUGCAUCGUUCCCUCAAAUAGCCCGUCGCCCGCAGUGCCUUCGUCAAUAGGCCGCAUAGGACCGCCGCCGUCGCCUGGCACAGCUUUCGAGCGAACACGUCCUGACCGGGCUGCAUGUGCUGCGUUGGUAUGA